AUAAUAAUAUUAUGUUAGAAUUAAUAUUUUCUACAAACCCAAUGACCCCACAACCUUGACCUAGAUUUCAAGUUCAGAGGUCCUUCUGGCCUGGUAGAAAAUUUGCACUGGUGAUAAAAACGACAACGCAACCGAAGAGUGCCUUAUCUGGGUUCCGCAACCCGCAGAGAUCGCACUGCUGGCAGAACAAGACCCGUGAAUAAUCAGCUGAGAGCACCAAAAGCACCAUGUGUAUCACAAAUCGAACACUUCUGCAGCUGUACAGAAAUGCUUUCUCUAGGACAUUUUCAAGCCAGGUUGAAAGCCUCAAAAGAACAUGCCUGUAUGACUUUCAUCUUUCUCAAGGAGCAAAAAUGGUUCCCUUUGCAGGAUGGGAAAUGCCUGUACAGUAUAAAUCAGGAAUAUCUGAGGAACAUCUUCAAGUGAGAAAGUCUGUUGGUAUUUUUGAUGUCUCUCACAUGCUGCAGACGAGAGUGGAUGGGAAUGAUCGAAAGAGCUAUAUGGAAAGCCUCGUUGUUACAGAUAUUGAGGGGUUAAAAGACAACCAGGGCACGCUGACAGUGUUCACCAAUGAGCAAGGAGGAAUACUGGAUGAUUUGAUCGUGAACAACAUCGAUGAUGGCCAUCUGUACGUCGUCUCAAACGCAGGAUGUUCCGACCAAGACUUUGCCCUCAUGAAGGCCAGAGAAUCAGAAUUUCAAGCUGCUGGUCGGGAUGUGAAGUUGUCUCCCAUUGACAAUGCUUUGAUUGCCGUGCAAGGUCCAGAAGUUAUUUCAGUGUUGCAGCCAGGCGUAGACUUUGAUCUGACAACUCUGCCAUUCAUGACCACGACGUCAGCGACUGUGUUUGGGGUGAAGGGUUGCCGGGUAACCAGAUGUGGCUACACGGGAGAAGAUGGAGUGGAGAUUUCCAUUCCAAAGACAGAUGCAGAGAGUAUUGUGUCGUCUCUCCUGUCUUCCUCUCACGCGUCUGUCCGACUGAUCGGUCUCGGUGCCAGAGACAGUCUUCGUCUGGAGGCGGGCUUGUGUCUCUACGGCAAUGACAUCGACCAAACAACCUCCCCCAUUGAAGCAAGCCUGACCUGGCUAGUCAGCAAAACUCGUCGACCAAAGGCAGAUUUCCCAGGGGCUUCCAUUAUUCUUGAUCAGAUCAAGGCAAAACCCAGCCGUCGGAGAGUGGGUUUUAUUUCGUCAGGAGUUCCCGUUCGAGGUGGGUCCAAAAUCUACACAGAAGAUGGGUCUGAGGUGAUAGGGGAGACAACCAGUGGCUGCCCCUCCCCGUCACUCAAGGUCAACGUCUCCAUGGGUUAUGUGAAAACACCGUUUGUAAAGAACGGCACAAAAGUCAAAAUUCAGGUUCGGCAAAAAAUGCUGGACGCCCAGGUGUCGAAGAUGCCGUUUGUUCCCUCGCGGUACUACAUUCCAAAGUGAAAAGACAAAACAUUUUGUUGUUUGCCUUUUACCCAACUUAUAACAAUUUUGUUUUCUCCACUUGUGAUACCUUUCUCUAUGGUUUUUACAAAUGUGCCUUUUAUCUUAACUAAAGCUUGAAUGAAUUUCAUGUACGGGGUAUAUGAUGUCAGUAUAUGUGAUUUGGAGGCCUUUAAAAGUAUGGUAGAAUUGUAGAUUGAAAGGCUCAGUCGUGUUUUAGGAGAACGGAGAGGAUUAUUUAUAUCUUACAGAUGACUUGAAGACCAAAGAAAUGAAAAUAUUUCUAUUGUUCUAUUUUCUAAUACGUGCCCCUCACAAUGUUUGUCUUGUUAUAGAUUGUGAUUUGUGUGUGUGUGUGUGUGGGGGGGGGCAAAUAAAAGUAGUUGUAGAAUUGUAGACAAUGAUCUGUGAGAAUUUUGUUUUUUUUUAAACUGAAUCAGUUUUUCUUAGCAUUUAGUUUCAUUAUCAGUUGUAUGAGUGAUUCAGAAAAUUGUUUCAAGUACUUUUAAAUCCACUUAAAAAUAUACUGUUUUUUAUUGUAAAAUAUUGCUUUAAUAGUUUUGCUCAAAACACGAACCGACUUUGCACUCCGCGCAAUAUAUGAGCUGCUUUGAUUAUUGAUUGUCUCAUGGCACAAAAUGAAGGGAAGGCAGAUUUUGUAGGUUCCUCUCACUGUUCUUUCUUCCAUGAAGUGAAGCAUUACGAAUUAGUGUUACCGUGCCUUAAAUACAUUUUAUGUUGUCACUACGACUGAUUCAAAAUACUUUGUUGUUUUAGAGUAGAGGAGAAGCACAAGAGCAAUUUGCAUUUCUAUUUUUACUGUAAAAGAUCAGGUAUUUUUGUGCAAUGCAAGUAAUGCAAGUGUAACAUUUAUAAUUACAAUGAAAUACUUAUCCAGAUGUUGUUCCAUUUAUGGUUACAUUCGUCUGCCAGUACAAUUUAAGAUCUGAAAUUUUUUUCUUCUGAGCUUUUAAAACAUUUCCUUAUUUUUGUCUCAAGGAGGUCUGAAAUCUUAAUGAAUGUUUAAUUUUACCCACUCUCAGUUGUCAACUGUCUUGCAUAAAUCCACUCUCGAAUGUUUAGAUCUCUAUCUAUCAGCUGCUUUGCUCAUCAAACUUUUUUUAACCAGAACCAGCCACUGCUUUGUGUUUUAGACGCCAUGUUGAUGAUGCUGACGGUCGACAGUCACUUUUACUUUCAGUCUGUCCCCGUCGUUUUAUGCAAGAAAAAUUCUGAAAUUAUGCAAACUGAGCCCAAAAUGUGAAAUUAUGCGAUUCUGUUAAUUUUUAUCAAAGAAUGAUAAAGGAAAAUAAUAAGAAAUUAUGCAAAAAAAUAUCAAAUUUUGCUAAAUUAUAUGGGGUGCAUAAAACCACGGGGACAGUUUCAGUUCAUGCCCAAAGUGCUGUUUAGUUUACCCUUAUUUUCCUUGAUAUGUCAUGAGCUACUAUUCCUCUUUCUUUUGUUUGCUGUGUUCUGUCCCUAGUCAUUGUACCUCAGUCCAGUUUUUUGUGUCUUUGAGAGUACUACUUAUUGAAACUACAGUUGUACAUGGUUGCGUUGUUACAAUAUUUACUACAGAAAAGUACAUUGACUUCCUGUGACGGCUGCUACUUCCUUGUUAGAUUCUCUUUUUCUGUUUAUGGCUUGUGGUAUUUGGUAAUCCAACUGCUUGUGUACAGACAGCAAAUUCGUAUUAUAUUGAUGAACGUUUGGUUAGUAAGUUUUUUAUUUGAGAUAUGAUUGUACCUCAGAAUUUCCGUUUCCAAAGUGAUAUAUGAUAGUGAAAAGUCUUUUUUUAUGAGGAGUGUUUCCACAUACAUGUUGGUUGUUUGUAUUGUUAUGAAGGACAAUGAAUCCAUACUGCCUUACCAAUGUACUUUCACUUUUCAUGCAGAGACUGGUCUUGUGCCAGUAUUGUGAACUUCCUUUCCACUUGUGGCACCAAUCAAUUAAAAUAUAAGAAAUGAA